AUGUGUCUGCCUAUUUCUGGAAAUAUAUUUGCAUUUGGGCUAUUCGUUUCACCGAUGCCAACGUUUAGGAGAAUCAUGAGGAACAAAUCGACCGAGCAAUUCUCCGGGUUACCAUAUGUUUAUGGUCUCUUGAACUGCUUGAUCUGUCUUUGGUAUGGUUCACCUUACGUAUCCCAAAGAAACUUCAUGCUUGUGACUGUGAAUGGCGUUGGAGCCACUUUUCAGCUUUGUUACAUUAUCAUCUUCAUCUUGCAUACAGACAAGAAGACCAAGAUGAGGAUGCUUGUUUUGCUUCUUGUGGUGUUUGCUGUGGUUACGUUGAUUGUAGCUGGAAGUUUGCAGAUACCUGACAAGCUCACACGAUGGUACCUUGUCGGCUUCUUGAGCUGCGGUUCUCUUGUCUCCAUGUUUGCUUCUCCCUUGUUUGUUAUCAACUUGGUGAUUCAGACAAAGAGUGUUGAGUUUAUGCCUUUUUAUCUCUCUCUAUCAACUUUCUUGAUGAGUGCUUCCUUCUUCAUGUUCGGACUAUUCAACAGUGACGCUUUUGUUUAUACACCAAAUGGGAUAGGAACGGUUCUUGGAAUUGUGCAGCUAUCUUUGUACUGUUACUACCACAGAAACUCUAUAGAUGAAGAAACAAAAGAGCCUUUGAUUGUUUCUUAUGUGUGA